AAGGAAACGAUGUGAAGAGAGAGACAGAGACAGAGAGAGCUUGAAGUUGAAACAAACAUAACGAAGUUGAUUUAUCUUUAUUUUCCUGGACAAAUAAAGUUGUUUUUUACUUCUAAACGCUAAACAUGACAGGAAGUCGUUCGCAGGAAGAGGUCUUGAGAAUAACUAUUAUUCGUGAAUUUAAUUUCUGUCUCUUUUGGUAACAACAGUGAUGUGCAAAUGUGAUGGUGUUCUCUAGGCCAGUAGAGGACUGUGUGGAUUAAAACGACGACAAGCAUGGAGUUCCCGCAGCAGCAGAAACCGGCGGGGGACAGCAAGAUCACCUACCCGCCUGGAGUGAAGGAAAUCACGGAGAAGAUAAGCAACGAUGAGGUGGUGAAACGGCUGAAGAUGGUGGUGAAGACCUACAUGGACAUGGACCAGGACAGCGAGGAGGAGAAGCAGCAGUAUCUGAACCUGGCUCUCCAUCUGGCCUCAGAGUUCUUCCUGAGGAACCCCAACAAGGACGUGCGUCUCCUGGUGGCCUGCUGCCUGGCUGACAUCUUCAGGAUCUGA